UUGCCGACAAGCAAGAUUACUUUCUGAAAUUGCUGCGCUUUCAUACGAUGAUCUGCAAGAGUGCAUUAAACAACUGAAUCAGCUUAUUGACUGAAUAUAGUGGCCAGGUUUCACAUACUUGAAGAAGAGAUGACAAAAGUGGAGGAAGACGCUAUUAGCUGAAGAAGAAAAACUAAAAUUAAUCAACAAGAGAGAGGUAGAGAGUAUCACCAAAGGAAGAAAAGUACUGCAACAUUGGAAAGGAAGACAGCAACAUAAAAGGGCUACAUGAAGGAAGCAUUGACAGUAUGCAGUCACUGUGCUGAUAGAAAUGGCAAACAGUUAUCCUUUCUCGUAAAGAAAGGAACUGACUCAACGUUAUUAUGGAAGGGAACUGUUAAAAUUUUGUGUGUAAAAUUUGACCCUUCUACAAAUCAAAUCGAAGGGCAUAGGCUCUUCAGCCUCAGUGACUUUUUGAAAGUUUGCCGGUCUCUACAGAGUCAACUGCUAGUAGCAGAGCAAAGCAGUGAUUGUGCAACCAACCAGCCAGUGACUGGAAUGGAAGUUAACAACAGCCAGCAUAAUGGCAGUACCUCUAAUACCUUUGAAAGCCCAGCAUUAAUGUCAGAGUCACAUAGUUUGCCUACUCAGAGGUUAAUUAACACAUCCAUGAUACUGGAGGAGAGAGCCACACUUACAAGUGGUGCUAAUGAUUGCUGCAUUUGUUUGGAGAGAAAACCAGAUAUAGUUUUGCCAUGCACUCACAGCUACUGCGUGGUUUGUAUAGAACAGUGGAAUGUAAAUCACAAGACAUGUCCCAUAUGUCGUGAAGCAUGUGAAAGUACAGAUGACAGCUGGGUUAUUUCUGAAGUACCAGGCGCCCAUGAAAUAAAUGAAGCAAUAUGUUCAGCUCUCAUGGGAUUGCCCUCAACAUCAGGCACUCCAAAGUGAUGCCUCUGACUGUCCCAGCACUAUCAUGUCAUAGUUAUGAAAUAAAAUGCAGACAGAAUACACCUGCACAUCUGUUACACGUUUUAUGUGUAAGGAUGAUAGAUACGGUUUCAUGACCAUGAAUGGUAUGGCCAGCUAGUAGAAAUGGAAUAAUUUUAACAGGUAACUCUUGUUAUAUUUGACACAAAUACAAAUUUGUAAAAUCGUGUUACAGAAACACAAAUCUGAAGUGAAAAGUAAAAUUAUAAUUAAUCACUUCUGCAUAUGUAUGUACUGCAGAUCCCAAGCUAUUUAAAAAUUCUUAGAAAAAUUGUCAUGGAAAAGUGCAGAGAAACUCACUCAUUGGUGUAAAUAUUGUGAAUUUUCUGAUUAUAAGUUAUUUUGACGUCAUACAUGUAUUAAAGAAACUACACAAGGGAUAAAAAAUUAUUCCAUUUUACAUUCAAUAUUUUAAUUUUGUUUCAUUAUAUUCAUUAUUUGCCAUAAACUUUUAUCCUCAGCAGUAAUAUUAUUUACUAUCUUUCUUUAUUCCUCACAUUUUCUUUGCCCUUCCUUUUUUCCUUGUAGUGACUGUUGUGGUAGCAGUUUGCAAGUGUGUUGAGUUUCCAGAUUGUGAGUCAUGACUAUAUAUAAGAAGUCAGUAUUAAAAAAUAUAUAUUAUUGUGCUAUACCCAACACUGACAAUGUAGCGGAUUUGUCAUUUGGUGGAACAGAUUAUUUCUUGCCCACUCUUAAUGAGAUAAAUAAGUGACACGAAUAAAUUGUACCACUGACUGUUCAUCAAGAAUUUUGCAUAUGUUUGUACAAACCUUCUAUUGUAACUGCCAUUUAGUGAUGAAAUUGGACAUCAUUAUGAAAUUUAUGUAAAUAUGUAAAAGUGUUCAAAGUAGGGUUUUCUUCCUUUCCUUCUAAUGUAAGUUAUGAACUUAACAAGUUACGAUAUUAUUAAGUUAUUUAUGGUUAUGGUGAAUAUAUGUAUUUUUGAGAGUAAGUCACUUUAAUCAGGUUUAAACAAACAUUUAUCUUUCUGUGUAUGGUAAACAGAAACUCUAAUGAUAAAUUUUUUGAAACAGGGAGGUUGCUAACAGUAAUUUUCAGAGUUUGUAUGUUGCUACCUGUUCACAAGAAAAUAUUCUAAAUUCAAUCAUAUUUGUUCAAAAAAUAGAUAGGUUUAGUAGUAGUUCUUGAGAGGCUUCACAAAAAUAUUGAACAGGGAAGGCACAAGAGUGCGGUAGAUGCAGAAAGUACCAGUAUCUCCUUGCACUCCUCUUUCCCCUUGCCCUCCUCCUCUGCCUCUUGCCCUCCUCAUUUCUGUCUGUCUGUCCGUCCCUAUAAGACAAUCCAUUUUGUUAUUGUAUUAGUUAGUAUCACAGCUUUGAUGUAUUUGCCCUGACAUGACUGUUUGCUGUAAUGACGUAUAACAUUAUAAUCAUUCUCACCACUGCCACUGCUCCGUGUGUGUGUGUGUGUGUGUGUGUG